AUGGACGGGGAGGUGGAGUAUGACCCGGAGUGGAGCACGACGCACCUGGUGCUGAACACCAUCUUCUCCGCCGUGUUUGCCGGUGCUGUGGCCGUCCUCGUCACCGCUGUCAUCGAGCGCUGGGGUGGCACUCUCGGCGGCAUCCUGGGCACAGUGCCGGGCACGAUUGUGCCGAUGACGGUGGGCGUGGCGAUUCAAGCCGACACCAACUACACCAAGAUCGACAACGCCCUCUACGUCAUCCCGCUGGGAAUGACGUCGGCGGUCUUCUUUCUCCUGCUGUGGCGAGUCAUUCCUCCGUACUUCCCGAAGUCGUGGAACUUCCAGCGGCGGCUGAUCACCAUGAUUUGCGUGUCGCUGUUCGGUUGGCUGUGCUGGUCGAUCGCGCUCUACCUCGGGUUGAGCGCCCUCCAGCGCGCCGGCUUCACCAUACCCCAGGUCGGCGUAUGCGGAGCCAUCGCACUCUUCCUGGCGGGUCUGGCGGGCGCGUGUUAUCGGCCGGUGCCGUCGCCCAAGGGCACCAACAAGGUGACGCCCCUGGUCUACUUGGCCCGAAGCACCAUCGCCGCCACCUCCGUCGGCCUCGCGGUGCUCGUGUCCAAGUGGUCUGACGUGCUGGCGGGCAUCUUUGCGUGCUUUCCCGCCAUUUUCCUCACGACGAUGGUAUCGUUGUGGAUCAGCCAGGGCGAGGCCAUGCCCACCGGAGCGGUCGGACCUAUGAUGCUGGGCAGCGGCGCAGUUUACAUCUACGCCAUCGCCUUCGCCGCCUUCUUCCCCUACUACAACGACCGAUGGGCGCUGCCUUAUGCGGUCGUGUCCACCACUGUCAGCGCGUGGUUCUUCUCCGUGCUCGUCAUGUCGGUGCCGAUCUACUUUGGGCUCAAGUGGCGCCAGAGGUGCUCGCCCUCUCUGGUCGACGCCGGCCACCGCUCCGUCGAAGUCGAAGAGGACGAGGCCGACGACUACGACUACGAGCGCGACCACGACGACCACUACGACGACCGCAACGACGACCGGCUCGAGGAGGAGACCCUGGGCCUCAAGUCUCACCACACCUCCGCAGCCGCUUCUUACUACGGUGCCAUAAAACACUGA